AUGGGUCGCCAACUUAAGUUCCAUGAGCAGAAGCUGCUCAGGAAGGUGGAUUUACUGGAGUGGAAGAAGGAGAACAACCUGCAUGAGAUCAAAGUGAUCCGUCGCUACCGUAUCCCGGACCGCGAGCAGUACCACAAGUAUAACCGCUUAGCGGGACACAUCUCGAAAGUUGUGGCAAGACUCAAGAAGCGUCCAGCCAAUGACCCAUACCGUGUCAAAACUACGACAGCGUUGCUGGACAAGCUGUACAAUAUGGGACUGAUUCAGACGAAGAAAAGUCUGCUGAAGGCCGAGGAGGUCAACGUUUCCGCCUUCUGUCGCCGCCGUUUGCCGGUUGUCAUGGUGCGCGUCAAAAUGGCUGAGAGUAUCAAGGAAGCCACGACGUUCGUGGAGCAGGGACAUGUCCGUGUGGGCCCCACAGCUGUGACCGACCCAGCCUUUUUGGUCACUCGACCAAUGGAGGACUUUGUCACGUGGGUGGACAGCUCCAAGAUCAAGAGGACCAUCAUGAAGUACAACGACAAGCUUGACGACUACGACCUGCUCGGCAAUUAA